CACCUGUGCAUAUAAAAGCACUCACAAGAUCCCCAAACCCUAACCAAGAGAAAACAACUGGAACCCCCAAAACAAUAUCUUGAAUACACGCUACGAGUUGCACAUCACAUACGCAACUGACGUAAAGUGGCCGAAACCUUUCUCAACCACUUUUGCCUUCUAGGAGAGUGUGCAAAGACACAACGCGUUGGAUCUGGCGAAGUCAAAUACGGAUCCUGUGAGCAAGCGCUAUCGUGGACUUGCAGCUGGGGACGUCCUCAACGACAGCGUAUAUAUGAGGGGUAUUGAGAGGCGAUGGUCAGACUUCUCCCUCGCCAACGAAUUUGUUCCACAUAACACACAAUUACCCAGAUGCACGAGUGGGAAAGGGAACAGGUCCAGAAGUGGUUGCUCUACGUGUAAGAAGAGGCACAUAGAGUGUGAUGGAGGGAAGCCUUUUUGUAUGAAUUGCCAGAAACGUGGUAUUGGAUGCGAAGGAUUGUUUACGAUAGACUCCCAGCCUCGCGCUAUACUUCCAUCAACAUCUCUUGAAGGAACACCUACUACUGGACCACUUUCCUAUGGCCCAGAUCCUAUGACGGUCCCCCGAAUUCUAGAGUCGACACAGUCAGAACUCUCACAUGCCUUUCUUACAACAGGGUCUGAGCCUCGCGAGAGACUACCUGCUUUAUCAAAACCUUUAUCGACACCAAAUCAGAAAAUUCCUACGUCUUACGAAGGAACAGACUCUGAAAUCCAUUCCCAAGCGCGGGUAGAGGAGUGGGCAAGCCAUUCUCCCGCCACCUAAAGAGGUUCAAAUAAAAUUUCCUGCGCUGAAAUUGCUCAGCUUAUCGAAGAAGCGAAGGACAGAUAUGCUAUAUCGUUCUUAUUUCAGGGAAAUUCAUUUUCUACGUUAAAAUCGUUAAAAUUAUGUCGUUAAAAUUGUAUCGAAAAAACAAUAUCG